UUCUGGUUUUGUUUGUUGGUUGAGCACUUUAUGCAUUUUGUAUCCCUUUUUAUUUUUCAGGAGCUGAGUGCCCAUGGUGGUGGGGUUGGUGACUGUAGGUGAUGGUUCCUCCUUUUUCCUGUGUGCUGUGUUUAACUGAGCAUCCCUGGGUUUGACCCUUCACCAGUGUGAUUCGGGGUGACUCUCUUCUGGACACCUCUCCUACCUCCCCUGCACUGUAUUUGACAGACUGUCAAAGACCAGAGUCAGGGGAAAAUAUUGACCCAAGGAGGAGAUCAGGAAUUACAAAAAUCAUGCAGAGUCAAGCUUCAUAUCAGUUUGAAGGAAUGAAUAAGACAAUCUGUGGCAGUUUGUCAACAGGAAAUCCUAUCAAACACUUCCUGCCAACAUACACAGAGUAAAGACAGAAGUUGAGAAAAAAGCCCCGGUUUACCAGAACAAAUAAUCGAGAUGAGGACUUCUGCUGUACAAAUGUAAAGUUUCCUGUUACAGCCGUUGAGUCUGUUGAUUUCAUCCCCAGAAGUAUCCAUGGAUCUCAGUGAGGAGGAGUCAGCACCUCUGAUGAUCAGAGACCGGGGAGGCAGCCAGAGGUCCAGUUCUAGCGCUGGUCAGAGUUUACAAGUACACCUCUACUUCUUCCCUGCCACAAAGGAUGCAAUAACGAUACACAUAUCAUCUGGCCAAGUCUCUGCUGAAAAUGUCUGCAUCCAAGCCGCCAAAAAAUGUGGAAUCUUACCUGUGUACCAAAGUCUUUUUGGUUUGGCAUCUGGGGAUCUCUCAUUUUGGUACCCUCCGUCGCACAUGUUCAACACAGAAGAAAACUUACAAGUCCACUUCAGAGUCAGGUUUUUCUUUGGAAACUGGUUUGCACAAGGACCAAGAACAUCGUAUCGCUACAGUAUGACCAGAGACACAAUCAGUCCAGUGCUUGACUACUGUGUCAUUGAUUAUCUCUUUGCUCAGUUGCGAAAUGACUUUAUCGCAAGUGAGGCAGGGGUGUCUCCACCUUUGAGCACCCAGGAGGAAUGCCUCGGCCUUGCAGUGCUGGACUUGUGGAGAAUGGCUAAAGAGCGCCAUCAGAGUGUAAGAGAGGUCUGCAAGAAUGUCAGCUACAAAUCAUGCCUUCCUAAGUCACAUCGACAUGCGAUCCAGAAACGCAACCGCCUGGAUCGUUAUCGAAUCCGAAACACCCUCAAGUGUUUUUUAAAGAAGCUUGGGAACUGCUCGGUGGAUGAGUGCAGCUUGAAAAUCAAGUACCUGAUCGAGCUGGCUGUCAUUGAACCUUCUGUGGGAUGCGAAACCUUCCAAGUGAAAGCUUCUUCUUCCCAUUCAAAGUCAUCUGUCACUCUUGUGCGGGUCACUGGGGAAACUGGAAUUCAAAUCAGUGGAAGUUGUGAGCCUGAUGGUGCACUGGAGUGGCAUACCUUCUGUGAUUUCCAAGAAAUCACUGACAUCAGUAUAAUGAGGGGGUGCCAUGAACAGGUUUCCCAAGACAGCAGGAUGGUGACAAUAACUCGCAAAGAUGACAGAUACUUGGAGGCCAAGUUCCAGAGUCUUAAAGAAGCAUUUUCAUUUGUGUCACUUGUUGAUGGCUACUUCAGACUGACCACAGACUCAAGCCACUACUUCUGUCAAGACAUUGCCCCGCCAAGUAUUCUGGAGGGCAUCAAAUACCACUGUCAUGGCCCAAUCACAUCAGAGUUUGCAGUCAACAAACUGAAAAAGUCGGGAUUUAAAGGUGGCACCUUCCUUCUCCGGCAGAGUCCCCAGAUCUAUGACAACUUCUUCCUCACUGUUUGUGUUCAGACUCCACUCGGACUUGACUAUAAAGACUGUCUCAUUAUUAAGAAUGAGCACUACAGCCUUCCUGGUGUCCUGAAAUCAUUUAACAGCUUGCCAGAGCUCACCAGCUAUUAUCAACACAACAAGCUGCUGCUGGCAGAAGUACCUGUGAAGUUGGCCCAUUGCUGUCCGCCCCGACCCAAAGAGCUUACAAAUCUCAUCAUCAUACGCAACAGCAGCUCUGUAGAAACUCAAGGGUCACCAACACCUGAAAGGAACAAAUUCAGUCACAUCCAGUUCCACAUGAUCAGAUAUGAUGACCUAAAAUGGGAUGAAAGCCUCGGACAAGGAUCCUUCACUCGAAUUUUCAAAGGCUACAAAACAGACACGCGUGAUGGGGAGAAACACACAACCGAAGUUCUACUGAAAGAGCUCGAUGUGGGUCACAAGAACUGCUGGGAGUCAUUCUUUGAAGCUGCCAGCUUAAUGAGUCAGAUUUCACAUAAACACCUCCUCCAUGUUUAUGGUGUUAGUGUUUAUGGAGCAAAAAACAUAAUGGUGCAAGAGUUUGUCAAGUACGGGGCCCUCGACCUUUACUUGAAGAGAGGGAGAUCUGUGUCGGUGAGCUGGAAACUUGACGUAGCCAAACAGCUUGCGUCUGCCCUCAACUUUCUGGAAGAAAAGGGCAUCGUUCAUGGAAAUAUCUGUACCAAAAAUCUGCUGCUGGCCAGAGAAGGUGACCUAUCACAGGGCAGCUCUCCUUUCAUCAAGCUGAGUGAUCCAGGCAUCAAUGUAGCAAUGCUGGGCAAAGAUGUUAUCCUGGACAGAAUUCCCUGGGUGGCCCCUGAGGUGCUCGAGGCUCCAGAUAACCUGACCCUGGAGUCUGAUAAGUGGAGCUUUGGUGCCACUGUGUGGGAAAUCUUCAACGGUGGGAACGCUCCACUGCGAGGCUGGGACCUGGACAAGAAGCAGCAGUUUUAUGAGAGCUUCCAGCAGCUGCCUCCUUCCCAGUGGACAGAGCUAGCCGAUCUGAUCAGUCAGUGUAUGGACUACCAGGCAGCCUUCAGACCUUCUUGUCGAAGUAUUAUCCGUCAACUCAACAGUCUGAUCACUUCAGACUAUGUGAUUCUCGCUACUGAGCCUGUCACACAGAGCCCAGUGUGGAGAGCCCUCAGCCCCGCUCAGCACGACCAGACAUUAUUUGAGGAGAGACACCUACGUUACAUCUCCCCACUGGGAAAAGGAAACUUCGGCAGUGUUGAACUUUGUCGUUAUGACCCGUUGGGUGAUAACACUGGUGAGCUGGUCGCUGUGAAGAAAUUGCAGCCUAAUAAGCAGUCGACUCUGGAGGAUUUCCAGAAGGAGGUCAACACCCUCAGUGUUUUGCACUGUGACUACAUUGUCAAAUACAGAGGAGUGUGCUACAGCAUGGGUCGCCUCAGUAUGAGUUUGGUGAUGGAGUACCUACCCUAUGGCAGCCUUAUUGGCUACUUGGAGAAUAACCGACACAUCAACACCAGGCGCAUGCUACUUUUUGCUUCACAGAUCUGUAAGGGGAUGGCGUACCUGCAGACCCUACGUUAUGUGCAUCGAGACCUUGCAGCAAGAAACAUUCUUGUGGCCAGUGAAUCACUGGUGAAAAUUGCUGAUUUUGGGCUGACCAAGAUUAUUCCUUCUGACAAGGAGUACUACCGAGUCACACAGCCUGGAGAGAGCCCAAUCUUCUGGUACGCUCCAGAGUCCAUAAAUGAGUCCAGAUUCUCCCACAAAUCAGACGUCUGGAGUUUUGGAGUCGUUCUUCACGAGCUCUUCUCCUACUGCGAUAUGAACAUCAACCCAAAAAGACUAUGCAUGCAGGAGAUUGGACACAAUGUGCAGGGUCCAUCCAUUUCAAUGCAUCUGGCAAAUAUUCUAAAGAAUAACUGGAGGUUGCCUUCGCCUCCAAACUGCCCACUCAAGGUGUACAGUUUGAUGAAGCAGUGCUGGGCGUACAACUUUGAGGAGCGGCCAUGUUUCCCCACCCUGGGAGACCAAAUUGAAACUAUCAUGCAAGACGAGAGAGAGAACCUUAAAGGCUGAUAAAGAGCCUGUGUUAUGUCACAGUGGAACUCAUGCCUCAGAAGAACAGUGUAAAAUGAUACAAUUUCAUUCACUAUCACAAUGGAAAUUCAGUUUACACAGGUACAGACAAUAUAUCUUAGCAGUCACACACUGACUUAUCGACUGAUAAUAUGCUACUCAAUGAACACACUGUAAACCCCUUUCCCAGUCCCACUACUCUUUAGCCCUGGAUGGCCAUAAAAGAGGACAGGAAAAUAUACCAAAGGCAGAUGAAAAACAGAAGUUACCUGGAUGUAACUCCAGUUUUAUGAGUACGUGUGUAACCCAUUAGGAUAUGUGGCACAUAUUAAAUAUUUAUUGCAUUUACCGUUCACAGCAAUAGAGCAAUAAAAGCAAGAACUCUCCCGAACCACAUUUUAAGACUUCCUUUGAACCUUAUCCUACCAUAAAGUUUCCCACUCUGGAGGUAAUAUUAAACAAGGAUAAGCUCCUAACUGUCUGAGAUCUCAGUGUGGUACAUUUCAUCAUGUAUUCUUACAGUCAUAUAUAGAAGAAUAUUCAUAAUACAGGCUAAGUGGGAAAACUGCAUUAAUGCUCAAGACUAACAUUUCUACUGUACAUAUGGUACAUUGUUUAGGGCAACAUAUCAGCCGCAGGUUUAGGAUAUUUAACUAUUACUCCUCUCUCCAGCCAGACCAAAUAAAAUACUGGUUAACUUAAGAAAUGCAAAACACACUGCACUCAGCACUGCAAAGCAUAAAUUUGAUUAAAUGUAUGACUAGCUGUGUCUAAAGGGGUAAAAAUAAAUUACAGAACCUGAAGUUUUUUUUAAACUAAAAAUGUAUUGAAGAAAAAAUAUAUUUUCAUAUCCUGCAUUUUUACUGUGGUAGUGUUGUGCUGUAGUGAAGAAUAUACAGAAUAUGCUUUUGUAUUUUUUUAUUUGCAUUUACAUCAUGUUUGAAAUAAAGCAAUGUUUGUGGCA